ACCGGGAAGGAAGGUCUGACCCAUCUUCCCUCACUGGGCCCCUCUGCGAACCCUGCCCAAGGGAAGGCACACCUGAAGCAGUGUGACUUGCUCAAGCUGUCCCGUAAGCAGAAGAGGCUCUGCCAGCGGGAGCCGGGGCUGGCGGAGACCCUGCGGGAUGCCAUCCGGCUCAGCAUCAUGGAGUGCCAGUACCAGUUCCGCUAUGAGCGCUGGAACUGCAGCCUGGAUGGACGGACCAGCCUGCUGAAGAGAGGUUUUAAGGAAACUGCCUUCCUGUAUGCAGUGUCCUCUGCGGCGCUUACCCACUCCCUGGCCCGGGCGUGCAGCGCUGGACGCAUGGAGCGCUGCACCUGCGAUGACUCUCCGGACCUGGAGAAUCGUAAGGCCUGGCAGUGGGGAGUAUGUGGUGACAACCUCAAAUACAGCACCAAGUUCCUUAAAAACUUCCUGGGCCAGAAGAAGAUCAGCAAAGACCUGAGGGCUAAAGUGGAUAUCCACAACACUAACGUGGGCAUCAAGGCCGUGAAGAAUGGUCUCAAAACCACGUGCAAGUGCCAUGGUGUCUCGGGCUCCUGUGCUGUGAGGACCUGCUGGAAGCAGCUCUCCCCUUUCCAUGAGACUGGCAAGAUUCUCAAGCUGCGUUUUGACGAUGCUGUCAAGAUCUUCAGCGUCACGAAUGAUGCUGUGGGGCACUCUGAGCUGGUGGGCAUGCAGAGACGCAGCCACUCCCCCAAAAGCCCAGCUACUCCACGCUCUACAGAUCUUGUGUACAUGGAGGACUCUCCCAGCUUCUGCCGGCCCAGCAAAUACUCGCUGGGCACUGCUGGAAGGACAUGCUCCCGGGAGGCCAGCUGUGACAGCCUGUGCUGUGGGCGUGGCUACAAUACGCAGAGCCGGAUGGUCACCUUCUCUUGCCACUGCCAAGUGCAGUGGUGCUGCUAUGUGGAAUGCCAGCAAUGCAUGCAGGAGGAGGUGAUCUACAGCUGCAAGCAGUAG